AUGCCUGAAAUCAGCGACGCCCCGAUGGAGGUGGACACGGAGACUUUCGCCUUCCAGGCUGAAAUCGCCCAACUGAUGUCCCUCAUCAUCAACACUUUCUAUUCGAACAAGGAAAUCUUCUUGCGAGAAUUGAUCUCAAAUUCCUCUGAUGCCCUGGAUAAGAUCCGGUACGAAGCCCUUACGGAUCCUUCCAAGUUGGAGUCCGGCAAGGAGUUGAUGGUGAAGAUCAUCCCAAAUAAGGAUGAGAAGACCCUCACCCUUAUUGAUACUGGAAUCGGCAUGACGAAGGCGGAUCUCGUCAACAACUUGGGAACCAUCGCGCGU